AUGGAUAAACCAUCUCCCACAACUCCUGGGCCUGAUCCACAGCAAAACGAAAACUGGAUGGACUCACCCUUGAUUCAACUCCAAAGACAAUGGAUGGCAACAAACUCGAAAUACCAACUCGCGGCACUGGCGUUUGCAGUACUCACCGCCGCAAUCACAAUAGCGUUGUGGGCGGGUAUUCCGAAACUACUUGAUCCAGCUCUGACAUUACCUCUUGGAGUUGUCAGCAUAAUAUGGAACGCGACCGACCUCAUUCUCGUGCGCAUGCGAGAAGACAAGAUCAAAUUGAAAUGGCACAUUGCAGCAUAUUGCAUUCUCUGGUUUGGAGGAUUCACUUCGGCCGGAUAUCAGAGUUACACUAUUAUUAAAGACCCCAACUCGGUCGUACAAGGAACAAGCUCGAGUUGGCGGGCAGUUCUCAACUUUCUGUGUGCGACCACAGCCAUCAUGUCUCUACUUCAUUUUAUACUCUUCAUCAGAGCAUGCCUGGAAACAGAUAGACGAAAGAAGGAUCUCCGCGUGCGAGACCUCAUGAUUGCCUUGUCGGACCGUCAAGAGCAGCAGCGCAUGCAGUCUUCCUGGUCCGCAUUUACACCCUCGCCAGUGACACCCCAUCCCGGUCUGCCCGAUCUGCCCGAGUUUGACGACAAGGCUGCAUUGGCUGAGCUUGGCGUCGCGGAACCCCAGGAGAUUUAUACAGAGCCAAAGCCGCGCAUGCAGCCGGUCGAACUCCCCUAG